UUGGAUAUACUGUAUCAAUUGUUACGGGCUUGACAUUUGGGCUUCGUUAUGUUUUCUUACGCGGCCCGACGACCUUAGUCUCCUGAUGGAACCCUAAUCAGACUCUACGCUCACCUUCGUGAUCUCCGCUCCCCUACGUUCGGCGCAUACGCGAUUCAUCAUAUGUAACGGUUCUUCAGUAAUUAAUGGUCUUAAAUCGACUUUGAUCGCCAUCCCACUGCGAAGCUCUCUCCUGCCCCGCCCCUAUGCUAUAUAAGGAUCUUACCGGUUUUCUUUUCCGAUCUCAAGACUGGGCGGUGCUCAUCCGUCGUGGAGGCUAGGCUGCUUCGGUUCUGGGAGGCUAGGAACGUUAAGCGUGGUGGAGAGCUAAUGUGGAUGGAUCUGCUCAUGGUUGAUGUCAACUCGACUGUGAUGCAAGUCACGAUCAGUGCUGGUCGUCUCCCACAGUUCCGGGAAAUACUCCGUGCCGGAACAAUGUUUUCCGUGUCCGGUUUUGAUGUCUCCAGAUGCGCGCAGAAUUUCCGGCUCACUGAUUCAUCUUUGAUGAUCCGGUUCAACGAGUCAACUUCGUUCCAGGAGUUGACCGAACCUGACUCUCCCUUGCCAGAUGAAGCAUUCCGGUUCCGCAACCAUUCGGAGCUGAUUGGUCUUGCCAAUACUAACACUCAGCUACCAGACAUCAUAGGUGAGAUAUUGAGUGUGAGGAGCACGGUUUGCGAUCCACCAGAGGAGAAGAAUCGUGUAAUGGUGACUCUGAAGCUGGAUAGCGAUGAGACUGUCACUUUAAGCUUCUUUGACGCUCAGGCUGUUGCUUUCCAUAAACAGCUUGAGACUAUGAGGGUCGAUCCAAAGGUCAUGGUCAUCACUAGCAUAAAUCCCAAGAUUGUCGGAGGUCGUCUGUUUCUUAACGCUACGUCGGGAACACACGUGUAUUUUGACAAGAAGACUAGAGCAGGGGAUGCUCUAUUCUACAAGUUGGUCGCCAGAGAUACCGGUUUGCCGUCGGCCGCUCCACUGCUAAGGUCGUAUGCGAAGGUGGAAACUAUGACGAUUGCUGACCUCAGCAGUUUCAUCGUUUCUGCUGAAUCUCAGGAGAUUGAUUUUCUGUGCACCGGGAAGGUUGUUCGUGUUGACACGGAAAAGGGGUGGUGUUAUGUUGCUUGCUCCAAAUGCAGUAAGAAGCUGCAGCGGACUGAGUCUGCAUUCACGUGUGGAGUAUGCAAUAAUCCACAUGCUGUUGGGGCCCUUCGCUAUCGUGUGGAGAUGGCGAUAGCUGAUGAUACUGCAGAAGGAACGUUCGUAUGGUUCGAUGGUGUAUUAACGAAGCUGCAUAGUAUCCGAGCAAGUGAAGCUGCACAGAUGCUGGCUGAAGAUGGUGUGAACCCUGAGGACACUAGGUUACCUCCAUUCAUUGCAGACAUGGAAGGAAGAACGUACACUUUCCAAGUGAGGGUCACUGCGUUCAACUUUACCGAGCAUCACAAGACAUUCACCAUAACACGUAUUGCUGAGGACCAUGGUCGUCUGACGGAAGAUGGCGUGGGGAGUGAUGGAGAUGGCGAUGAUGAUGAUGACAACCCGAACAUCAAGACACCACCUGCUGCUGAUGAUCAAGGUGGAACCAGUAAGGCGCGUAAGAAGACUGACGCUGGGACGUCGAAUGUGGUGAAGAAGGCACGUGCUGGUUAAGACUUAUCACCGAUCAAUAAUGCUUAUGCAUCUUUAUUUGAUUUCGCAUAUUUGAAUUUUUCUAUGUUGGAUAUUCCCCAUGAUAUGGACGCUUUAAUUUAAACUUUAUUGCAUUCCGGUUAAUUCUUGAUUAUGAGGUGUUAUCAUUCCGGUAAGUCUAUUA